GCGGCGACUUCUGCUGCCGGUGGCGUGACUUCUCCUGCCGGCGGACGGGCGCCUGCUGCCGGCGCUCCGCCUGCAGCCCUGGUCUUGGCACGAUACCAGCGUUGUAUCAAGCUGCAGCUAUGGCCGCGAGUCCUGCUUGGAGCGACGCUGACAUGAUGUCCAUAUUUGUGGAUGAAAGCCUCCCACUUCAAGAGCUGGCUCUUCCGUUUCCACCGCGAGACGUGAAGGUGCGCCGAAAUGCGGAGGUCCGGGAGAUGUAUACGAUGGGAGAGGAGAUCGGCAGGGGCAAGUUCGGCAUCGUGUACCGGUGCACGGACAAGACCACCGGCCUCGUGCUGGCCGCCAAGUUUGUGGCGACGCCACGCCGCGACGAUAAACGCGACGUGGAGCGUGAGGUGGAGAUCAUGAACUACCUGCAGCACCCGGGCAUCAUCCAGAUCUACGACGCCUUCGACGGCGGCAAGGAGAUGGCGCUCGUCAUGGAACUGGUGGAGGGUGGCGAGCUGUUCGAUCGCGUGAUCGAGGACGACUACAUCCUCACGGAGAAGGCCUGCGCCAUGUUCAUGCGCCAGGUGUGUGCCGGCGUCGGCUUCAUGCACCAGAAGAACGUGCUCCAUCUGGACAUGAAGCCGGAGAACAUACUCUGUCUGUCAAAGACCGGCAACCGGAUCAAGAUCAUCGACUUUGGCCUGGCGCGCCGGUACGACCCGACCAAGAAGCUGCAGGUGCUGUUCGGCACGCCGGAGUUCGUGGCGCCUGAGGUGGUCAACUUCGACGCCAUCGGCUACCCCACGGAUAUGUGGUCUGUCGGCGUCAUCGCUUACGUCCUGGUGUCGGGUCUCAGUCCGUUCAUGGGCGACACGGACUGCGAGACGAUGGCCAACGUCACCAUCGCCAAGUACGACUUCGACGACGAAGCGUUCGACGAUGUGAGCGACGAGUGCAAGGAAUUCAUCGCCCAGAUCCUCAUCAAAGACAAGAGCAAGCGCCUGACGUCCGAGCAGGCGCUGGCGCACCGCUGGCUCAACAUGCGCGACGCGCCGGUGCCCUCCAAGGUGCGCUCGCGCCAGGCGUCGCUGGCCAGCCUGGAGGCGCCGCUCGAGGCAGCCCAGCUCAACCUGACGCAGUUCGUCGGCCGCUGGGUGGAUCAUCCGGACAGCCCGUACGCCUUCUCAGACAGCAGCGCCGAGCUGGUGCUGUCGCGCGUCGGCUCGGCGGCCUCGGUCGGCCUGUGCUCGCCGUCGGCCUGCGCCUCGCUCACCUCGCCCGAGCUGUCGGACGAGGCCGACUCGAGCAGCGAGGACGAGUCGAGCCGGGGCCUGCUGCGGCCCGAGGCGCGGCCGCGGCCGGCCGAGCACGCGCGCGUCUGCUCGCUGCGCCGCGAGGAAUCGCUGAAGCGCGCGCGCGGCCGCCUCGUGCAGCAGGCCAGCAAGGAGGAACACUACAUCAGCAUCGACGACGUGAAGACGCUCAAGCAGCAGGGCAGUCUGGACGAGAUGGUGCUGAAGGUGACGAGCUCGCCGGCCAGCUCGCGGCGGGGCAGCGUGACACAGCCGGUGCCGCGGCUGCUGCAGGAGGCGGCCGCCGACGCGGCGCGCCGCCAGACGCCGUCGCCGCUGGCUGCGCCGCCGCGCCGCGCCGGCUCACCGGGUCGACAGGCCACCGUCUGCGACCGGGUCAUGCAGGAGGCGACGACCGCGCUUGCCGACGGCGAUACGGAUCGGCGGCUGCUGACACCGUCGCCCGAACCCGGUGGCGGCCUGGCGGGUGAGCCCAACGCCCGGCGGCGUCGGUCUGCGGCUGGCAAAGAGCUGACCCCAUCACCCCGACGCCUCUCCGGGGCGGCGUCACCGUUGGCGGCCGGGGGCGAGCCCCCACCGAAGUCCAAGAGCCCCUCGCCACGCCCCGCCACCGUUCCGGGUCCAGAGGCCCGACCUCUAGGGUCUUCCGGCUCGAAGCUCUCCAUCCCGUCUCGUUCCCGGACGCCCAGCGUGACAGUGACUGGUGCUGCGGCAGAGGCUGCGCCCGGUCUUGCUGGAGAACCAGCCGGCCGUCAGCCGCCGCUGGACAGCGACGCGUCCGGCAAGUCGGCCUCCGAUGGGAAGCCGCGUAAGUCGCCGUCCAAAUCGCGCUCCCCCAGCGCUGGUCGAAGCCCACAGCCGGCGCAGAAGGGAAGCGACUCUAAACCAAGCGUCGUCACAAGGCGCACAGGCCGGCAAUGA